UCUUCAUAUGGCUGCCGCUUUAACUAACUUCUCAACUCCGACAGGGAAAGUGGCUCAAAUGCGCCUUCUGUCAGCGUGGAUGUGAACCAACAACCGAAGAGGAGAUAAAGCAUCCACGGGGAGAACAUUUCUCUGACACUCUAUGUAUUGGAUUAUUAAUUCAGUUUGCAUUUAAUUAUUUUUGUGGUGUUGGAUUGUCGUUCCCUCGUGUGCACCUGCUCUGCCGGACUCGCGCGCCGACUGAACCAGACUUUGUUUCAUCUGUUGGUUGAAAGUUUGAAAACAAGGUGAAUGUAUAGCAUGAUGAUGGAGACGGACCUCCAGUCCCCUGGACCCCAAACGAACACACAUUUGGGGCAAACCGGGCCGAACAGUGGGUCCAAAGCGAAUCAGGACCGGGUGAAGCGUCCGAUGAACGCGUUCAUGGUGUGGUCCCGCGGCCAGCGGAGAAAGAUGGCCCAGGAAAACCCAAAGAUGCACAACUCUGAGAUCAGCAAGCGGCUGGGAGCCGAGUGGAAGGUCAUGUCCGAGGCGGAGAAGAGACCCUUCAUCGACGAAGCGAAGCGGUUACGAGCAAUGCACAUGAAGGAGCACCCGGAUUACAAGUACAGACCGAGACGGAAGACCAAGACGCUGCUGAAAAAGGACAAAUACUCUCUGGCCGGUGGCCUGCUCUCUGGGGCCGGCGGCGGUGGAAUGGGUCUGGGGGUCGGGAUGGGUUCAUCCGGCGUCGGCCAGAGGUUAGAGAGCACCGGGGGCCACGGGGGCUCCGCCAGCUCAGGCUACGCUCACAUGAAUGGCUGGGCGAACGGUGCGUACUCGGGGCAGAUGGCUGCAGCUGCUGCGGCGGCGGCGAUGAUGCAAGAGGCGCAGCUAGCUUACAGCCAGCACCCGGGCAGCGGGCAUCACCACCACUCACACCACCACCACCACCCGCACAACCCCCAGCCCAUGCACCGCUACGACAUGUCGGCACUCCAGUACAGCCCCAUCUCGAACUCUGAGGGCUACAUGAGCGCAUCUCCGUCCGGCUAUGGCGGGAUCACCUACACGCAGCACCAGAGCUCUGGCGUCUCCUCCUCGGCUGCCAUGGGCACGUUAGGGUCGCUGGUGAAGUCAGAGCCGAGCGGUGUCCAGUAUGAUGACUGCCAUGGUGGACUGUCCAUGGAUCACCGUGGAGACCUGUGAUUGACAGACAGGCACUAGCCCCCGUCUGGCUGGCAGGCCGUCAUUACGAUGAGCAGGAGCAGAUUUGCUAUGCUGGCGACAGGACCGCACGGGAAAUGUCAACGACCAUCAGAGCCCCAGACAGACUUCCUCCCCUCCCCCAAAUACCUCACCUAAUGUCAGCUAAUGCCCAUGCUCAUCAUCCAGACCCUCGGUACCAUCAACACAGCUUCACAUACUUCAUCUACACUCAUUUACAAACCACAUGCACACAAAGCACUCUACCCCUGUAUACUUCGUCCAACAACUCAACACGCCUCACCCAAACCCCCACAUGGCUCACCCAUCCCUCACAUAUUUCACCCCAACCCCUAUGUAUCACCCAACAGCCUCACACCUCAUCCAACCACCACAGUACCUCACUCCUUAUGUGCGUCAUCUGCCCCACACAUCCACCCGUCACCCCCCUGUCACCCCCCAUGCACCUCAGCCAGCCUCCUAUAUUAAUACCCUGUCUCCCUCUAUUGGCCUAUUGCCCAGCAGCACUCUGCAUGUUAACAUUUCAAAAUUCCUCAAAUUGUGAGAAAGAAGUAUUUUCUUGCCUUCAGUCUAUGUGAACAGCCAGUCUGCCCUGCAUGCCAGACAGCUAGCUAGAACAUCACGUGUGGCCAGUUCUGAGACAGACUGGCACUCUGACAGGCACCCUGACCAGAGUAAGUGCCUCACACAUAUUACAGCAGUUUACUGCAGUUUGGCAGGACACUGACAACAAGACCAGCCAAUGCCUGGCAAACUGACUGACCCCCGGUCACAGUGCAAACGUUUAGGAAAUCUGUUCCAAGGUAUCUCUCUAGUAAAGUCUUAACAGUCAUCCUUCUCCUCUCUGGGCCCAGACACAGUGUCAUGUUCAUGUUGGUGCUAUUCAGAGCUCUGCUGCCUUGAAUGAUACCACAAAAUGAAAUAAACACAUUCAAAUGGCUUCCUGUCGCCUCCCAUUGGCGACACAGGAGAAAAUCUCAGUUUCAUUACAUAGGAAAUUAAAAGGAAGGGUAAUUGUAGAGUACAAGGAGGAAAGGUGAGGAAAACUUUCUGCGAGACCACAAUCUAACUAUAUUACAUAUAAUCACUCAUUGAAAUAGUUUUUUAUUUAUUUGAAUUCUGUUCCUCCAGCCUGGGAUUUUUAAAAUUCCUGCCAUUGAUCUAGAAGCUGCUUGAAGCAGUGGGAGAGAGGGUUAGAUCUGUGGUAUGGAAAUACUGGGCAGAAGUUAUGAAUGAGGCAAUCGAAAAAAUUAAUGGGUAAAUCAAUGAAGCAUUCAAUGUGCAUCAACAUUGACUUAAUCAAGCAUUCGUCUUUAUGGUCUUGUAUUAUUGAUUUUAUAUCAACGUAUCAAGUUGAAAUCGAAAUGAUUUUUGCUUCUGUACAUUUUGAGGAUUGACUGAAAACCUGUCCCUUGCAUUAGAAAUAAAAUGCAAUGCAAAAUAAA